ACAAUACGUGAUUACGGUAUAAAACCACAAAUCACAAAAAAGGAUUUCCAUUAUCUUUCAACAUAGUAUCAAUGAAUUAUAACACGUUAACGAAUGCGUUAUUACUGUAAGGCAUAAGUAAUUUUCAAUCAAACGAGCAUAUAGUAGAAAAAAAGCGCGCUGAAAGAGAACAAAAUAAUGACCGAGAAAUGCUUUUGAGUAUAAAGAUUUUCUUCUCCCGGCACAGGUGAGCGAUAGACAACGAGCGAGAUGGACGAGUAUGAUAAGAAAUUCGCCGAGAUGCAAAAAUACAUUCCAUUUUUGGAAGCGAUGAUAGAGCGGUUGCAAAACGUUAAGGACAAAUCGCGGGAAGUGCAGCUGCAGAAAAUGCAAAGCCUACACGGAAUCUUGUCGAACAGCAAAAGAAAGUUGAAGAUCGAGACGUUGCAGCGAUGUGAAGACGUUCUUCAAAAGUUACACAACAAAGUAGAAAAGUUUCAGGGAAAUACACCCGGAUUGCAUUUUCCGCACAAGAAAAGCGAUGUUACCUCUGCGCAAUGUUCAAAUAUGCUUGAAGAUGUAAAGUCUCACGCAGAAGACGUCAUGGAGGCCCGAGAGAUUCAUGAGACGCCGGCCAGUCCUAGUCCUCCAGUUAGUCCAGACUCGGGUUCGCAAGUAGAGCCGAUAAUAAUUCCUACCGAACGCAGUAUAGACUUCGAUGACAAAUCUGACAGUAAACCAGCCUCUCCUGAUCCCAUAGACACACUACCGACCAAAGCCCCCAUCAUUAUACCUACAGAGAGGACAAGCAACGAUUUAAUUCUGUCACCGCAGCGUUUAUGCAAAAGCGCGGACGAUGUGUCGUUCACCGAAUGGGAUAUGCUCGAGGAGAACGAGAAUCAGAUCUCGAGGAACAAAAAUUGGCAAACGAUCAUUACUUCUAACCAUGACGUUGUUACAGCGGCCAAAAUGGCUGGAAGUAAUUUAUCUCCGAAGGUGAACGACGGCAGACCUCACGUACCUAUGUCGAUGCACCUCCCUCGGCAAAUACAGACCGUGCCAGUCCCCUCCUUGUGCGGUUCCAGAAGAUUGUCGUCGAUUUUAGAAAAAAAUCGGAUGAUGGGAGUGAACAUGGACCAGAUUUCGUCGGAGUCUAGACCUGAAUCGCCUGUUAAUGUGCCUGAUGCUCGGUUGAAGUCCCCAGAUUCGGAGAUUCUCUACCCGAAACUUUGUAAGAAGUCCGGUUCGAAGCCUCCGGCGCCGCUACUGCUUUCACCACCUCCCGUUUCCACGGAACCGCCAUUGUCCAUGGAAGAUUUGGCUGAAUUGUUGAACGAUGAAGACAGCAACAAAGUGGAGAAGAGUGAUAGGCUAAGGGAGGAUCUAGGUAAAUUCAAGAAGGACAAACAGGAAUCAGGUGGGAAUGUUAAGGAUGCAAAGACGUCUAAAUCGUUUGUAUUGACGCAAGAGGAUAUUGACAGCGAGAGCGAGAGGCGUUGGGAGGAGAUAGACAAGCACAUAGUUAAGUUAACCAGUAGGAAAUGUUUACCCAGUAAUUUAAAUGCUACACUGGUGACGAAAACCGAUGCUCUGAAGCCUGGUGAAACAAAGGGACCACCUCAGGGUAAUUUAGGUCAUGGUUCUAGUUCGUUUACGACGAGCACGAGUACUAUUGACGGUAGAAAUAUACCAUCUUCGCCUAGCUCUAAGGCGGAGCCGCGUUUCGCGGACAACUAUGAACGCCAUCCUCGUCAGUUGCGUGACAACCAGGCCCAUGAUAAAGAUAAAUCUAACGUGCACAACGUGCACUGUCGGCCUGACGACGAUAUGCCCAAUCAGAUGCCUAUACAUCAUGGCAGUUCGAUUAAAUCGGAUGAUAGAAACGCUAUGUUGUAUCAAAGGCGUCAGGGGAAUAUUGAGAUGGCGCCUAGGAUAGAUACGGAGUUUCGAAUGGAGGGACCCGAGUACUUCAAUAGGCAAGUACCGAAUCAAGGCCAUUGGCCCUCCAUGCACGCGCCCGUAAACGCGAAUGAUUUUUGCAACAAUCAGUGGCCACCGUCUUCCAAUUUUAGUGGUAUGCCUAAUUCUCCUGCCCAAACCUAUCCACAUCCAAUGGGUAUGCCACAUCAAGAGAUGUGGAAUGUAGGUACUAACAGAGAGUCUAUCCAUAUGGAUCCCCAUCAAAUGAAUGACGGCCAGAUGAGGCCUAAUCAAUUCCUUCCAAAUAUAAACACUGGUAUCAGACCUCUGAUGAGCCCCAAUACGAGACCUCAGGAUAUAAGCCAUAUUCCACGACCAGAUGAUAUACCCAAUGUUGAUGUACCCAAUGUACCAACCAUACAGCCUUUAAUAUCGCCCACAAGGUUUCCUGUUGGCCCGCAGUACAGAAAUUUUCAGGGUGAGAAUAGACCUUACGAGCAACCUUUUGAUAGAGGAAUGGAGUAUCCUCAUCAGAGACAGUCGUGGGAUUCUCCUGUUAACCGACCGAACGACGGACCGUAUAGACCAGAGAACGAAGUUCCUUGUGGUGUGAUGGGCCCCGCAGAAAGUUCUUCAGGGCCAUAUCCCAGACCCAGCACACCUUGUCCCUGGAACAGAGACAGAGACCGUAGCGGUAGAGGACGCAACGCGUACUACAACGAAAGAAAUAGAUCAGAAUCUAGGAAUAAUUUUAAUCGUGAUACUCGUAGACCCGAAUGGUCUGAGUGUAAUAGGUUUGGCAGAGAUGGUAGAAAUAUAUUUGAUCGUGACCCUAGGGUACGCACGGAACACAAUUUAAAUAACAAUCAAUCCAGAGAUAAUAGUGCUUCGGUUAGGGAUCCUCGGUUAGCUAAGGACAAGCAUUUCCCCCUUGGUAAAGGUAAAGACAGUAGUUUCAGCGAGAGAGAUCCCAGGAAACGUCAGCCACUACUGCCAACCCCGACGUUUAGGAAAGUCAAAGAAAAGCGUAAAUCUCCUCCGAAGUCAGUUGACAGCCAUAAACGCGUGGACGCAGAGAAUAACACCAAACAAGCACAAGAGAAGAUAAUUAAAGACAAAAAACAGUCGCCUUUAGAGAGUUUAUAUGGAGUUAUUGAUACGAAAGCGAAGUCCGCGCAAGGGUAUUGUUUGCAAAACUUUAAGAUACCUAAAAUAAAACGUAACGAAUCGUUAGAGUCGCCAACGUCGAGUCAUAUGUCGGAGGAAACCAAAGAGUGUUCUAUUGAAAAACAGGAUGACAAAAUUAUUAAGAGAGAUAAGGAAGAUUCAACUGUGGAAGUUAGUAGCAGCUGCGAUGGAAACAUACCUCUUGAGAACUGGAACGAGGACAAUGUAACCGAUGACAAGAAAGAAGAACAGAAAGAAGAGAACAUUUCUAGCGAAACUCCUGGGAAAGACAAAACUGUGGAUAUUGUUGAAUUAGAGUCUGUUGGCGCUACCUCUUCUAAAUUAUCUACCAAUGUUGAGAAGAAAGAAGAAGUAGAAUCGGAAGGAUCCAAAUCGAAGGACGAGGUAACCCAGGAAUGGAUAGAAAAUUUAAUUAGAAAAUCCUUCGAAUUUGGCGAGGGAAAAAAGUUCGUUGAACAGGCAAAAUUUAUGCAAAAGCUGGGUGAAGUAUUUCAGGCGAAAAAGCUGAAGAAGAUCAAGAGGAUCAUUGAGUCAGAGUCAGAGAGUAGCAGUUCGGAUAAAGAUGAUACUCCUGAGACAAAGAAAGUUCAGAUGAGGAAGAAACGACGAGUAAUUGUUUCAGAUAGUUCGGAUGAAGAGUCUCUUGCUGAAAGAUUUGACAUCCUAAAGACAAUGAACAAAGAAUUGAUUCAAGACACACCAAUGAAUGACCAGGAAGAAGAUACAAAUAAAAUUCUUGAAAAAGAGAUUCCCAACAUUAAAUCUUCUGAUCUUGAGGGAAAAGAUGCUGAAGAUUCCACCAUUCAAAAAGAGAUUACCCAGAAUACUAUUGAAACUCAAAAUACUAUCGAAGAAAAGAAGGAAUCGAAUGAAGAUGAAGUAAACACAGAGAAAGAAAAGAACGUUCCAGAAACAUCUAACAAUGUCAAUAAAGAAGAGUCAACUGAAGAAAAGGAAAUUGUUUUGAAGACACCAAAGGUCAAAGCGAAGAGAAGGAAUUCUCUGGAAAUGUUGCAAGAAGAUAUUAGAGAAAUGUUCAUUAGUGAUGGUGUUGUAGCAGCAACUGGCCAUAGGUUGUGCAGAACACAGAAAGAAAAAGAAAAUCAAAAUAAUGCAGGUACAAAUUCUUCUAAUCAAACUAUCGCAAACACAAAGAAAAAAGAAUUAAAAAAAGAAUUGAAAAAAGAAUUAAAUGAUUUAGCGAUAGAUCUUGAUUUAGAAGAAACAAUGGUUUCAUCCAUCUUCUUCAAACAAAAGAGAUCUACACGUGUUGCUGAGGAAGCAAGUAAGAAGGAGAAAACAAAGAGAGAGAUGCAAAGAAUCACUAGACAACGUUCGAAACAAUAUAAUCAGAGUUCAGAUAGCGAAGAGGACCAGCCACUGGCACUCAGGACAGAGUUAGUUCAAAAUUCUAAUUCACUGUGCAAUCAGGAAGUAUCUAAUGAUGAUUCUGAGAGUCUAAGGCGAAGCAAACGUAUAAUUAACAAGGAAACAAUAAAAGAACCACGAGUAAUAGUCGAGAAGACAGACAUUUCCAAGUUGGAGUGCUCUAAAGUAAUGUUUGAUAGCUCCUCUGAUGAGAGUUUUGGGAUAGAUGUAUCUGAACUGGCUGCAGCUGUAGACAUUUCACUUCAUCCGGAUAAACAAUCUGAAUCUGAGGUAUUGGAACAACCAGAAAAGAAAAAGGAUACUCCAUCUUUUCCCAGAAAGUCUACAAGAAAAAAAGGAAGUGAGUUGUUGAAUGAAAAUAAAGAUAAUGUUCAAUUUACUGAUGAAGAAAGUAUUACUUCUGAUGUUUCUAUGUCGAGUAGUACAGCUUCUGGCAAGAAAACGGGUGCUAGUUCAACCAGAAUGGAUACUAACUCUAAUAAGAAGUUAUUGAGUAACAUUUUAGUGGGAUUAGUGUCGGUAAAGAAUGAUGCAGAUAAAGACUCAUCAAUAGCAGACAAAGGAAGUGAUGCGGAUGUUGAUGAUGAUGUAAACGAUCAAUUACCGAUUGAAUCGAGUACGAAAAAAUCUUCAAUGAAGAAGAAGAAAAAAAAAUGUAACUGGCAGAUGGGUAUUCUGUCUAAGAAGAGAAAGAAAAAGACUCUUAUAGCUUCUUCUCCCAAGGGCGAUUGUUAUGUUAAUACUAGUUCUGAACUGGAUAUUUCAGACAAAAUAGAUUCCAUUUUAGAAAGUACAAUAAACAAAGAUAGCAAUUCAGUUACUAUUACAGAUCAGAAUAUUUUGGAAAAGCUUGAGGAUGUUAAAGAUGUCAAUUCUAGUGAGGUACUUCAAGAUAAUUCAAAAAAUGAUAAAGAAAGUAUACCGAUUAUAUCUGAUUCUAUAGAAUCUUCUUCAAGUAAAGCUUUUGCCAAUGAAACAAAAGCACAAUCAUUGGUAGUCAAAGAUAAAGAACAGAUUAAUAAUAAUGCUGAACGGAGCAUUAUUAAGAAUAAAACUGACAUAGACAAAUCUUUUUCUGAAAUAGACAUAAAAAAAUUGAUCGAUUAUGUUUGUACAGGGCAAGAAAAAUAUAAAUGCUUGCUUUGCUCCUUUACCGGCAAAAGUAUCGUCCAUCAUUAUAAGUUAAGUCAUGCAGGAAAGGAAAUUUUAAUUUCUAGAUUGAAACAGUCGGAUGCUUUAUUAGCUAUUCAAAACGCAAAUGACAAUGAUGUAGAAAAUUCAUCAUUGAAUCCUCUGACAGAGAAAACUUGUAAAUUUCGUUGCAGAUUUUGCUCUUUAUUCAGCGAAGGAGCUACAAAGGUUGCAAUGGAAGCAUUUUAUGAACAUUGUACUACUCACACAGGAGAAUACAGAUUUCAGUGCAAUAGUUGUCCUUAUCAAGCUGUAGCCAAAUCCUCCAUGAGGACUCAUUAUUACAAAGUGUGUCGAAAGUUUAAAGACACUUUUGCUGAAGCCAUAACUGAAGACGAAAUACCCGACGAAAAUCGUAUUUAUGGUUAUUUAUGCUCAUGUUGUAAUUUUGUUCAAUUAAAAAAGUGUAAUGUGGAAGAACAUAUUAAUUUGUGGCAUAAAGACGAUUCGACUGUUAAGAUCAUUAAGAUAAAUAUGUCCUUGGAUGUAGUCGAUGAAGAACCUGAUAAACAAAAUGUUGAUGUUCCAGAAGAAAAGGUAAAGAUAGAAAUAAUUGAAUCAAAUGUAAAGGAGGAAUCGCUAAACGAAGUAGUAAAUCCCGUUGAACAGACUGAUGAUGAUAUCACUGAGAUAAAAGUGAUUCAGAAGGCUGAUGAGAAGAUAAAAGAUAAACCUGAAGUUAAACAGCAAGAAAAGAAUGAUCCUGAAUCAGAGGUUACUACUGUUGAGGAAAAGAAGAAACCACUACAAACGGAUACAGAUUCCAGUUUACCAUCUGGAAAUUUGAGUGUGUUUGUUUGUCCACCGGAAUUGGAAAAGAAAGAAGUAGAGAUUCAAUUGGAACGGAAGAAGAAAAUGCAGGAAAUUAUCCAAAACAUUGGGAUUAAAUUGCAAAGGGAUGCGUCUAAAAAAGGUUUAUCUAUAAUAGACAAAUUGAAGGAUAAAAUGAAGACUAAUUUAACGACAUCAAGUAACGAAUCUGAUUCUAAUAUAAUAAUAAAUUCUCCGGAUAAAACUCCGAUUAAUAGCACAACUUCACAGACUUCACCGACUUCACCGUCAUCACCAACGCCGUCUCAAAGUAAUACCACUGAAGUGUCUGACAACUCUGAAGUUCCUUCAGUGGUAGAUUCAGAAAAGAAGGAAACUUUAAAUGAUAAACAACCUCAAGAGGAUAGUACCUCACGUAUAACACAGUCAUCUGAUACAAAGUGUGAUUCUCAGCCUAUAUCUGAAACAGAUCUGACAGAUUCAAUGGCUAAUAAACCAUUAGUAAUGUCAGAUACGAAAAAGAAUGAAGAAAGCGACAUAGAAACUAGCGAUAACGAAAAUAUGAAGGAUAGUGCACCAAUUUAUGAGUCUGAUUUCAGUAGCGAACAAUCGGACAGUGAAUUACCUACCGAUGUUAACAUGAUCUUGAAAGAAACUUCAAAUAUGAAUGCAUCUUGCAAGGAUCCAAUGCUUACCACUAUACAAAGAUUAGCUGCUCAACUUCAAGCAACAAAGCAAGAUGAAACUUCUUCUAAACCUGAGGAAUCUAAAAGGGCAUUUCCUUUUGCUUCUAUCCCCAAGCCACCAGACGUCGUUCCCAUAUCUAAUAUUAAAAAAUUUGUUGGAAAAAAGGAAACUAGAUACCAUGAAAUAUCACAGGACUCGGCUGAUGAUGGUGAUCUAUCUAAGAACUUCAUCCGAUUGAGACGUCUUAGCGGAGAUAAGUUAUCGAUACCAACGCAGUCCUUAGACGUUCAAGAAAGUGCAUCUUUAAUAAAGAGCAAUGCGGACCAGUCUAGUACUGCAGAUAAAACAGAUUCCGUGUUAAAGCCAGAUAUUGAGGAGGAGUGUUCAUUUUUGAAAAUCGAAAAUGUAGUUAGUCUAGCACCAAAAGUCGAUGGUGCUGAAAGUCCUAUUAUAAAUGAUAUAAGAAAAGCAGUUGAGACUUCUCCAAUAAGAAACAAAGGCAUAUCUCUGUUGAAAAAAUCUAAAAAUUCGCCUAUAAUUUUAAAGAGACUCAAUACUGUGACUAUUACACAGCCAUUAACAAAGAAUAUGCAAACAGUGCAAUCGACGCCAGAUAAGAUGAAGUUAAUUCCAGUGAAAAGUAUAUCCCCUUCUCCAGUUGUAACUACUACUCAGCUUACCACCAAUUUUAUUCCGAUUGCGUCAAAAUCAACAAUUAUUCAAGUGGACAAUAAGUUGUCUUUUCCUAUUUCACCUCCGGCGACUACUCGAACUGUCAGUGUUAGCGGAUCGCCGCAACCAUCGCAGAGUUUGAAUUACAAAAUCGUGAAAGUGGUUCGAGCGCCCACUGUAAUAAAACAGAAAGAACCUUUAGUCUCGGCGAUUAAAUUGAAAUCGGCUGACGCGUAUAAAGCGAUGUUAAAAGGCGCUAAAUUGAUUCAUUUGUACAAAUGUAUGGCACGUGAUUGUCGCUUCACUACUGAUAUAUUGGCGAUAUAUCAACAGCAUUAUCUUCAACACGCCAGCGAAGCUCAACACUCAAUGAUGCCACCGCCGUAUGAUUAUCAAAAAUGUGCCUAUUGUUACAUGAUACUGGAGGAUUGGAAUCAAAUGAAAACACAUAUCGACGAGAAGCAUGCACAUUGUCGUUUUCAGUGCAUGUACUGUUUUUACAGAGCUAUUGUACCUUCUUAUGUGCAUACGCAUCAGAUAAUAACACAUCCUAAGAAUCGUGGUCUUCUACUUGGCAAAGAGAAAGAAUUUCCGAAAGAAGAAAUCAAUCGACACGACACAAUACAUCCUUAUGUGUGCUACCAUGAUUGUGGGAAGUUCUUCUACGUUCCUGAAUCUUUUAUAUCACACUUAAGGAAUAAACACGGACUGCCUAUUUCUGGCUAUAAGUGUCACGUAUGUCGUGCUACUUGCAUGAAAAUCGAUCAACUAAUAACGCACUAUAAAACGCAUGGGUUUUACAAAUUCCAAUGCUUAUAUUGUUUAAAUGGAGCGGAUCACUUUAAUGAAAUGCAUAAACAUCUGAGCCUGUUUCAUUGUAAUCGAUCACCUCAGGUUCUCGAACGAACUCUUACUCCUCAGCCAGUACGAAACAAAGAUGUGAUAGAUCAAUUGGUUAUAAAAUGGUUUGAUGACAAUUUUAAAAUCAUAGAAGAUGUAAUUGAUCUGGAGAACGAAGAAAGAAAUAGCAAAGAAAUUGAUAUUGUUGACGUGUCUUCGUCUCACAAGAUAUUUUAUCCUCAAUUGUCUAAAGACGUAUCUUUGUUGAACAAGGACGAAAAUGACGUGUUAAAUAUAGCUAGUUUAUUUGAAAGUGAUAAUAAUUCAAAUAGUUCUAUGAAUGCUAAUACUUCACAAUACGAAAAAUCGUUAAAUGAAAGCUCUAAUGAUAGUAUAGUGAACAAGAUGUUCGGAAGUUUGAUAAAUGACUCUGAGAUUUCGGUAACUUCAAUUUUGAACAAAGAAUCCGUAGAUAAAAGUUUAAUAGAUAAAUGUAAAAAGACCAGCGUUCUAUCUGAUAAAGCGGAAUUAAUAGUAUCUUCUGAAGGGACUUUUGAUAGCAACGAUGAAUUUAUAAAUAUUAAUUUGCUGGACAAUCCUGAUUUCGUGAAAAAAAUCAAUCACACCAUUAAUGUGACUCACGUGCCUGCUUCAUCUACGAGUAAAAUGGAUGAUAGCGACAUUGAAAUUGUAGACAUUGAUGAUACGGAAAUUAUUCCAACAAAAAAUAUAAAAUCCGAGUCGAAUGGAAAGGAAAGAAAAAAUAGUAUUGAUGUAAGUGAGAAAGCAAACGUAGAUCCAGAGAAAGAUAUAAAAGAACAAUCUUCUACCGAUAUAAAAGAUCCAAACGCGUCCUGCGACACCAAUAAAAGUUCUAUUACAAAAAUAGAUAAACCCUUAACUUUGGACGACAUUAAAGACACUGGCUUCUCAGGAGCACAAUUGUACAAGUGUGGCUACGAAACGUGUAACUAUAGUGUACAGACUGCGGCUCAGUUGAAGAUGCACGUGAAAGAAUGUACCUUUGGUGGUGAUAAUAAAAAUCUGACUUGCGCUCAUUGUAGCAAACGGUUCUUGAGAGCUGGGUUUUUAUUAGAGCAUUUGAAAUCACAUGGGUUGAAGCGAUUUGGUUGUUCAUUGUGCAAAAUGAGAUGUACGGUGGGUUACCAAGCAAUGGCGCAUAUGAAGAUGAAACAUAAAUACGCGUACAGUAAAUUAAUUCCGGCUGAUCCAAAAAAUCCAUCCGUUGAUGGAUUGUUCAUCGUACAACCUAUUCGGCAAAAUGUAGAGCGUAAAGGGAAGAAACGUAAAAGUAAUACAAAGUCAAACGAAAAGGACGGUGAGAAAGCAACGGUAGACGUUGAGAAAUUCAGCUUCGGUCCUGAUGAAAUAGAUUCCCUGCCACGUCAAGCGAUCUACAACCGUGAAGUGCAAUGUGCCGUGUGUCCGUAUACGACGAAAGUUCGUAUGAAUAUUAUCAGACAUUUGCAACUGCACGCAAAAGAUGAGAGAGUGCCAGAGAGCGGUCCGGUCAAUCCUGUGCCUUGUUUGGAUAAGAAGGAACGAAUGUUUGAUAAGAUGGUCAACUUGGCGAGUAGUUCUCAUCAAAAUGGUCGAAUGGGAGGGAAAUCUAAAGAGAUUAAUAAGAAUAACGACGACGAGUUCAUCCCGAAAUUUGUACCGGAGCACAAGAGAUACGUGUGUGGUGUAGCUGAAUGCAAUUAUUUAACGGUCAAUGAGGCAAUGUUACGAUGUCAUUUAAAGGCUUUACAUUCUGAGGAACAGUAUUUCCGGUGUCCUCAUUGCCCACAACCACCAUCGGGCCAAGAGGGAUUAAAUAUUGCGAUUGAUAAAAUGGCCGUUCAUUUGAAAAUGCACGAUACCAGACUUUAUAAAUGUUCUCACUGCAAUCAUCAUCAUUAUCAUAGACACGUUGUGGAGAGACACCUUUCCGACAAACAUCCUGAGAAAAGGCCAUUUGUAAAGGUGAUCAGGGAGUUAGAAAAUACGGAAAACAAUCAACAAUCCAUACAAGAAGAGGUUGAAGAGGAAGUACCAGAUCCAGAUGGAAAUCAUUGGAAAUGCAACAUUUGUGAUUAUAAAUGCGUGUAUAAGGCGGAAAUGAUCAAUCAUACGUCCACGACACACGAUGAGAAGUGUCAAUAUAAAUGUAAUUCGUGCUCCUUUAAAACCAGUGGCAAAAUUAUAUUCGAGCAACAUAUUAGCAGCAAGCAUCCUAACGAUUCAAGCGUUGAUUAUAUUUUAAUGUAUCAACGAAUAAAAGGUGUGAACAAAAAGACAGCAGAUGGCAUAGAACAGACUGGGCAAGAUGAACCGUUUGAUACUACUCCGCUUUGGAGACGAGACAUGCCUCGAAUCAGACACAUUCGUGGAAUUCUUCUCGAAGAAGAGAACGAAGUGUCGAUGGAAUCCACUUUGAAGUUGGGAAAACGGAAAAGUGACACGGAAUUGUCAGUGCUUAAACCGGCUAAAAUAAAGUCGGGAAAAUCUAAUUCGUUGGACGACAGCAAGCAAACGAAAGAAAAAUCUAAGCGAUCAUUGUCUUGUGACAAGAUGCCUGAAGAAACAGAAGUAGCGAGUAGCACCCCUAAUGCGAAGGAAGAAAAGGAAGUUAAACCUAAACUGAUCGAAGAUAAUGAUUUCAACGAAUCCGAUAUAGGAAGGUUUGGUCCUUAUGGAAAAGCAGAUGGUAAUAUGUAUGUCUGUACAUUGUGUACACAGUUUAAAACUAAAUACAAGCACGAUAUGAGAGAUCAUCUAUACAGAGAACUAAAUUAUGCUAGAUGGCACUGUAAGGAAUGUGGAUACUUAUCUGUGAACCGUAAUGCCUUAUUGAAACAUUUUACUAAACAUCACAAUGGAGAACGUCCUAAUCAUGAACCGUUAUCUCCGGAUGAUGAUAUCGAAGAAUGGGUUGGCACACUAUUGAAGAGACAAACACUAAUGAUAAAAGGAUUAUUAGCUAAGCAAAACGCAAGUAAUGUAGAAAGUUCUGCCACUACAGCAAACACAGAUGGAAAUGAUUCGAAACCAGCUGUGGCUAAGGUCAGCCAAAGCAUUGUUAGCAAAACUUCAAAAACUACAAAUAAACAGAACAAGGAACAAACUACCAAAAAUAGUUUCAAAGUGCAAGAUGAGAAUAAUAAAGAUGACGCGAUUCCCGUUGCCGAUAUAAAGAGUGAAAGUGGACCAUCAAAGAAGAAAACUGGGAAAGUGAAUUAUCCUGAAAAAGGUGGACCAGAAGAGAAACAGGAAAAGCCAUUUAUUUGUAAACAUUGCAAAAUGACUUUCUUCCGGUGGCGCGGUUUUAAACUACACAUACAGUUAACACACUUGAAACGACUUGGGUUUAUCUGUCCUUACUGUGACCGUAGCACAAACUCUGAGGGUUUGAUGCGUCAACAUAUUCGUUCCAAGCAUCCCGGUUGUGCUGAGAAGAUAAUUGAGAAUCCCGCAGCCGGCGGGCCAGAAUUGCCGGAAGAAUUUUGGCAGCAAGAAUACGGGAUCGUGUUUCCGAAAAGGAACAAGAAACGAAAAAGAAAAAUGAGCGGGGAAGAAAUCGCGGAGAAGAGCGACGGCCAAGUCAAUAUUGAACCGCAGGAAAAGUGUAACAUGUGCAAUUUUACCGCCAUGAAUACGACCGGUCUUAAAAUACACAUGAGGGUACACGCGACCAAAAGUUUACUGAAAUGUUCUUAUUGUAGUUUUACCGCGCCAACGAAAUCUGAAGUCUGGGAACAUUGGGAUAUCAAUCAUUCUGAUUCGUUUUUACCAUUUAAAGUCGAAGACAUAUCUCCACCUGGAUCGUCUGGCGAAUCUACGGAGACAGAACACGAUAAGAAGGUUAGUUCCGACGACUACAGCAAUGAUAUAGAGGAAGAGCAGAUCUCGGACCCGAGAGAAGAGGAAUCUUUGGAUAUUGUUCAAAAUGAUUGGGACGUAAUGACGAAUGAACCGACAUUGCAGAUUGAUUCUUCUAAAACAAAGUCGAACUAUCCAUUCAGAUACAAGGACAUACGCGUGUCGUCGGAGAAACCGUUAGCAAAAGCUCAAUGCUCGAAGACACAAGCAGAAAAUCCUUACGAAUUGUAUCUGCAGUCGCAUAGUGACGUACAGCAAGUCGAGAGUUCUGGAUCGGAGCAAAAAGAUUGGACUUGUGAAUGGUGUAAGGAAUCGUGUAAUUCCGAGAUCAAAAUGAAAAGGCAUCACGACAUGUUCCAUUCGCACUUGCCAUUGAACUUCAAGAUCCAAGAAAAGACCAGUGUGUUUCAAGGAUACGUCUGUCCCGAGUGCCCGUUCACCACGACGCUUCUUAACGUUAUGAGGAGCCACGUGUCCAAGCAUAUAAAUUUGUUCAAAUGUAAAUAUUGUAAUAAAUCUUUCAGUUCUCCCUCGGACAUCUCCACGCAUAACACCGAAGAACAUCCUGACAUGGAAUUGAAGAUAGAAAGUAUACAGAAUUAUGAGUCAUUGCUUGAGAAUAUGAUGGUUAAAGUCACGUGGCAGAAACCUGAAAUGAGUUCUGAUAAAAACAAAGAUUCAGAACCGUCAACGUCGGGAUUACCACGGAAGAACGCAGUAGCGAAAAAGUCUACUGCUAAGAGUGCAGUUCGUCUGAACGCUAUGCCUUACAGGCUAAAAGCGGUGGCAAGGAAAUCUACUAAUCCAUAUUCAAGAUAUCUUACUAGUAAUAAAAUGCCAGAUGAUCAAGAAGAAACAAAGAGUAAACAGUUUUCUUAUUAUGGUGUUCCUAGAAGUCCUGUUAAUUUAGCCAAGUUGAACACGUACAUGGUAGUUGGCGGACAUCGUAUGAAAGUGAACUGUACCACUCUUGCACAGUUGAUCAACAUCAAUCCGAAGAUAACACUGAAAGAUCUCAAAAAUGACGUCAAGAACAUCCCAGCGCUUAAAAAAUUGAAGCAAUGAAUGGAAAUGUAAAGGUAAAAGUAAAUGCUGACGCGGUUUAAUUUAGUAUGAUAAAUAUUUAUUGUGUGAUCAUUAUUGAUAUGAUGAUUAACAGUAACCAAAGUAACUCACGGUAUUAUGUACGUUUCUCUGUGACGUUAUACUUAAAAGAUAUUAAAACAACAAUGAAUUUUUAUAAAAUUCAUUGAUUCCCUCGAUGUAUUGUGAUGAUACGGAAAACGUGUGUAAAGAGUUCUCACAGUUGAUCGUUUGAUAGUUAUAUAUUUUGUGCUUAUACUCACCAUUAGUGUACAUUUAGAAAUUUUGAGAAAUAUAAAAAAAAAUGUAUAUUUGUACUUCCUAUAAGAUUAUGUUGCUCUUUUGUAAAUUACCUUAUUGAAGAAUUGGACUUAGACGAGAGAGAAAAUGUUUUUUGUAUCUAUAAAAAUUGUAUUUCAUCAUAUUCGAUUACUGUGACAUCAAUUUACCACUUUAACUAUAUCAAUGUUGUAUAUAUACAUAUAUAUUCUGCACAUAUAUUUUUAAUUAAAAAAUAUUAUAAAAAGCUGUUAAGUACGGAGGUAAAAUGUGUCGUGCUAUAAGUUGAUAAAGGAUUAUUCCAAAAAUCAAAACGCAGAAUUAUAUAGCAUGGAAAUUUUAAAUAAAAGUGUAGGCGAUAUACAUUAACUAGAUGCUUUGAAAAAGAUAGAUAUUAUUUAUUUAUUUUGGAAUAUGUAAAAUCUCUUAAUAUUAGAAAUUACAUUUUUCUUAUUUUUACAAAUAAUAACGUAUAAUAAUAUCUCUUUUAAGUACUUAUAUUUAAUAUCGGCCAUGUCUUAUUAAUUCAAAAAUAAUUAAUGACGAAUUUAAACAUACUUUAAAAGAUAAUUUUGUAAAAAUGAUAAAUAUAAAAAAAUGAAAUCUUAACGCGUAAAAUUUAUCGAUACUGAAGAAUCAUUAUCAAUUGUAAAGAUAAUAAUAAACCAUUUAUUAGUAAAAACCUAUCCAGUAAAAUUUGAAGAUUUGAUUUCAAUUUUGCUUUAAGAAAGUAUCGGUGAACAAUUUUACGUGUUGAUACAGUAGAAUUGUAUUUAUUUCAAUUAAAUUUUAAUCAAUAUCCGAUUAAAUAAAUUGUUUCUAUUUGAAUCCACUUAUUUGGAUCCUAUUAUGUGAACGAAAAAAUCAGUGAUAGAAAAUGAACCUUUGUCAUAUAAAUUAUUUGUCUUACAAGUUCAUAUAAAUGGAGUUUUACUGUAUCUAAUAUACCGUUUUAUACGAUAAAUGUGUAUUUAAAAUUUAUAUUUUAUUGCGUUUAAAGUCGAAUCUGCUCGAGUUUUAAAAUUAAGCUUGAUGACAUCGAACAUAAGAUGGAAAAACAAGACUGAGUGUCCUGUAAAUAGUUUCAUUUAGAAACAGAAAUUGUAAAUAUCGUGUACUGUAAAUAUAAAAUUUCACAUAAA